AUGCCCUCACGCCCGCUAGUUCGAGGUGCUCCGAGGGCAGCGGGCCCAUGGGGUAACUUGCUCGAUGGUCCUCGUGGCUCGACAAGGGGGCAGGGAUACCGCAUACAGUUGGAUCAGGCGCCAAAAACAGGCACUGCCUUCUCGCAGACCCUGAUGGAUGUUCGGCAGCGUAUCCUUGAGGAGACAAAGGUAGGAAAACGUGGCGGCAACAACAACAGCAACAGCAAGCUGCUCCAGGCUCAUCGUCAGCGGACGUGGGAGAUGGCGUUUGGACAGCCAGGGGGUGACGGGGUAGAAGUAUCGACGAUAGAAUUCUCCCUCAUCUGCCCGUAUUCACGUGUGGCGUUGCGGUACCCAGUUCGAAGCAGGGACUGCCGCCACCUCCAAUGCUGCGACUUAGAUUCGUGGAUCGCUUUGCUGGAUAAGUGCCGUUCCAUGCGUGAUCCAGUGGCACCAUGCCCUGUGUGUGAGCAACGUGUAGCGGCUUCUAGUCUUGAGAUUGACUACUGGCAGAUGCACGUCUUAUCACAAAUGCCGUUAGGAACCCAUAUGCUUGUUUUGGAUGCGGAUGGAAGCUACCGCAGUGGUGAUGUCUCGCGUGACCAAAAAAAGCAGCAUGUGACAGAGGUCAUAGACUCCACACAGGCUGCGAGUGAGGGAGAUGACAGUGGACUGUUUACGCUUUCCCCUGAACCUGCAUCCUCGGGCCCAAGAGGACUGGGCAACAACCUCACCCGUGUCAAGCGUGAACGAGUUUCAGAGGAUGCCUUCGAGCCACCCUCGUUGGAUUUCUGCAGCACCUCCGGCCGACCAACGCAAGACGACGAUGUUGUGGUGGUGCAUUACGUGGAGGGUACACGACCAGCGCGUGUUCUGCCCAGCCAGGCCCGUCUGUGGGUGGCGCACUGCCCUAGAUGUACCACAACACUUCUGAAGAGCGAGAGCGGCGAUGUGGAGUGCUGCGCCACAUGCGGCGUGGAGCGGUGGGAAUGGACACUCCUGCGGACGUUUCCCCCCACGUCAGUCUCACUGGAGUUGACGACAGACGGCACGCUUAUUCUCCGAGGGACGGAUGCGUUGGCGCCGCAUCUGCUUCGUGCCGGAUUCUGCCGCGCAGUAUUCGUGGACGAGACCGGCACUGGAUGCAGGCGCAGAGAUGCAGAGCUUUGGUAUACCACUGCUGCACUUUCCCGCUACGAACUUGACUUCCUAGAGGCGUGCUGUCAGCGGCUUGCCAGUGGCGAGUCUGUUGACGACAUGCCGGCAGUGCCUUCACGGUUUCGCAUUCCACGCCGCCGUCCACCAAGAACAGGUUACGCGCCCACGCAAAUAAGUUAUACCAGUCUUAGUGCGUAA